AUGGACAUCACGGUGCACCAUCAGGGUACACCCCAUCAGCUCCAGCUUUCCGACUCGGCAACAUUGCAAGAUCUCUCCACCGAGAUAGAACAAAUCUUCGAUAUCCCCACGGACAAUCAAAAGCUCUUGAUAUCCCCCAAACCUGGCAUGCAAAAGGCGCCUUUCCCUCCCACUCCGCUCUCUUCUCUCCUGGCACUCGACUCUCCCAAAUUCAAAAUCACCCUCCUCGGCACACCAGCCAAAGCCAUCGCCGAUCUACAUCAACAAUCCGAAUCCACUCGCAAACGGCUCGAGGCGCGCGCGUCCGCGCUAGCCGCUGCCCGUCGCGCAAAGCACAAGUCCUCCUCAUCAUCCACAUCCACUCGCACCAGCGGCAUCCACACCCUAUCAUCCUCAUCAUCCAACUAUACCUUCCACCGCCUCCUCCCACUAUCCUACCUCCCUCGCCCCGAACGAUCCCUCGAGUUCCUCCAACGACUCCGCGACGACCCAGGCAUCCGCGCCGCCAUGGCCAAGCACAAAUUCUCCGUCCCGCUCCUUACAGAAAUGAACCCAGCCGAACACACGACCAGCGAAUCCCGCACGUUGGGCCUCAAUCGCAACAAAGGCGAAGUCAUUGAGCUGCGGCUCCGCACAGAUGCCUACGACGGAUAUCGCGAUUACCGCACGAUUCGCAAAACGCUCUGCCAUGAACUGGCGCACUGUGUGUUUGGACCUCAUGAUCGGGACUUUUGGGACUUGACGGCGCAGAUUGAGCGCGAGGUGGAGCGGGCGGAUUGGAAAAUGGGGGGUCAGCGGUUGACGGAGCAGGACUUUUAUGAUCCGGGGGAUUGGGAGAGGGUGCAGAGUGGGGAGGAAGUGAUUGAUGAGCAGGGUUGGACGGGGGGCGAGUUUGUGUUGGGGGGAUUGGGGGUGGAUGAGGCUGGAGAUGAUGCGGGACGAGGAGGAGGAUCGUUGACGAGGAGAGAGGUUCUUGCGCGGGCGGCGGAGGAGAGAAUGCGAAAGGAGAAUUCGAAGAAGACGACGGAGGAUGCUUAG